AUGUCUCCGAUCCGAGAUUUGGCACUCAUCGGAUUGGAAGUCCCUAACAAACUCAGCGCCGUCCUUGGGCAUAUUCUGCCCUCUACAGUGUACGUGAGAAGUGUUCAAUGUUUGGAGGGCCAUCUUCAUUCCCACCGCCUAAUAUCAUUAUCGAAUGGGGCCCGAAUACUUUUGAAAAGCUCACCAAGGCCAACCACGCGUUUGCUUCGGCGAGAACAGUUCCUGCUUGGGACAGAAGCACGUGUACUUCGUCUACUAAGACAAAGUGCAGUUCCAUGCGUUCCCUCGCUCCUCUAUUACGACCCGCAUGAUACCCUACUAGGGUCCGCCUUUCUCGUGCGCCAAUAUAUCCACGGCUCAACGUUACAGGAACUGGAAAGUCGACUUACCGCUGAAGAUCGCCGAGAGCUCGACCGGCAAUUGGGGCUUCUCGUGAACAUGAUCGGUCAACACACCGCUAACUCGUUCGGAACUCUGGAACAGGUGGCUUUGGGAUCAGGGACAAGAUCAUGGCGAGAAGCCUUCCUUGUACACUUCGAAAGCAUCCUUCGGGACUCGGAGGAUGUCUUUGUCCAUCUUCCCUAUGCGGAGAUUCGGCAUCAGGUCGGUCGACUGUCUCCAGUCUUAGAUGAGAUCACAUUACCACGGCUGGUAAUAUGCGACUUUGGUCGGCCCUCGGCCGUGCUGCUGGACCCUGUUUCGAAACAGUUGGCUGGGAUUGCAGGGUUUGACAGCGCUCUCUGGGGUGACGUCUACAUGGGAGAGAUCUUUGAAGACCCGUCGCCCGCCGUGCUGGAUGGAUUCGCAUCGCGUGACAUUGACUGUGAGCCGGACUUGAUCCGUCAAUUACUGUAUGGAUCGAACUCCGUCCUUCUCAUUAAAGACGAGGAAAUGUUAAUGGUCAUCUUCUAG